GGCCCUACCUCAGGACGAUCCCGCCGGCGGAGGCUGCGGGGCAGGCGGCGCGGACCGUGCCGGGCGGAGCGGCCGAGCAGUCCGACGGCGAGGCGGCUACCGCAGUGCCCUCCGCCCCAUUGUUUCCCUUCCAGAGAGGAUCCCGGCGAAGCCGAGCCCGGGAACCAAGAAGUUCCCCGGCGCGACACCUCCUGCCGCCGCUAAGGAAACGGCCCCCGCCUCCCAGGGCGGCUCGCCCGGGACCCCGCCUCCGCGCCGCCGGCCCCGCCCGCCUCACCGGCCGCCGCCAACCGUCGCCGCGGCCGCCGCGGCCGCCGCCAUCUUGGCGCGGCCCGGGCAGCCUCUUCCCGGCGGCACGUGCGCGCCGCUCCCGCGCUCCCGCCGUGCGCGCCCCCGCCCGCCGCGGGAUCGCGCGUCUGGGAGCGCAGGUGGAGCCCCCUGACCCUUGUCGGGGCUGGGGAGAGAAAGCGCGCCGGGUUUCUGGCCUCCGCGAGUCGGAUCGACCUGGGGCGGCCGGCCACCGGGGCGGGAGGAAGGGUGAUGAAAGCCAGACCCAGUCAUGCUUCCCAGCUGGCCUGGAGACCGUGCACUGGGUGUUCAGUUCUCCCUUGGCUCGGCGGGUUUAG